UGAGCCAAAUUUAUGUAAAUAAUAAUGGCUGAAUUUAAGUUUAUGAACACUCUUUUCUUAUUGUUGCUGCUGCUGCUGCUUCUUAUGAAGAAUAGCUGUUAUGUUUGUAUGAAAAGUCAGCGUCUCUCUCUCUCUCUCUCUCCCACUUGUUCAAAUAUCAAAGAGACCAUCUCCCUCUUUCUCUCUCUCUUUUGUUCGCUACUGUAAGGGAAGAACAAGCAAGUCUCAUAGUUUCAAACCUUGAGAAACCCUGUUCUUUUGUUUUUUUUGCUUUUCUUGUUUCCUAAUAACUGAAAACCCAUCUCCCAUAAACCUAAACAGAAAGAAAGAUCAUAGAAAAAGAAAAUUUUCUUGCAUGCCUGCCUUGUACGUUUUGUUGGGUGCAAGAAAAUUCACAUCCUUCACCAAACUCUCUCUCUCUCUCUCUCUCUCUCUCUCUCUCUCCAUGUGCAUAUGUAGUACCUUGAUGAUCGAUGGCCUCUCUUAUAUUUAAUUCUUGAUUUUGCAUUAGUAUGUGCAGCUUCUUUGGCUUGGAAAUGGACAACUACCGAGGUGAUUUAACAGAUAUAGUUAGAGCCAGCGCUGGAGCUUUAGGCCAAUCAGAUAUUGCUCCUGUAUCCAAAUGGGAAUUCCCAUCUGAUCCGCUCAAUUUAUCUUCUUCUUCAACUGCUAUGGAGGAUAACAGGGAUAGUGUUUUUGGAGAUCCUUUUUGCAACAUGAGAGAUCCACUUCUUCACGAGUUCAACGUCCCUGCAGGUUCUGGCUACUAUAGCAGUCCAAAUUCCACGGAUCAUAUGCUUAGUACUAGUCUUGAUGACACUAGUAAUGAUUUUUCUGGUGCAAAUUCUAGUAAUAUUCUUGCCCAUAAAGUCUUUGAGGAGGAGAUGAAUAAGAAUCCUCAUAAUAUAUUUUCACGGAUUCAGAUCUCGCAGAAUAAUCCCACCAAGUUGCCUGUUUCACCUUGUGAUUCUCCUGUUCUAGCUGCUGCUUCUGCUUCUGCUUCUUCUUCUUCGCCAAGGGGUUUUAAGUCUUCUUCUAUGGUUUCAAUCGACAUGAUUAAUACUAAUAGCUCUAAAGCUUGCUUGAUUGACAACGCCGGACCAGUGCAGAUCUCAUCUCCAAGGAGUCUGGGUAUCAAGAGAAGGAAGAGCCAGGCAAAGAAGGUGGUUUGUAUUCCAGCACCAGCAGCUGCAAACAGCAGGCCUGGUGGAGAAGUAGUUCCAUCUGAUUUAUGGGCAUGGAGAAAGUAUGGUCAGAAACCCAUCAAAGGUUCUCCUUACCCAAGGGGAUACUACAGAUGCAGCAGCUCAAAGGGUUGCUCAGCAAGGAAACAAGUGGAGCGUAGCCGAACUGAUCCUAACAUGUUGGUUAUCACCUAUACUUCUGAGCACAACCAUCCAUGGCCUACUCAGAGGAAUGCUCUUGCAGGGUCGACAAGGUCUCAGCCACUAAAGAACAAUGCUAGUGCUUCGAAGAGCUCCUCGAGUUCUCAAGCCCAAAAGACAACAAAUACUAAGGAAGAACAGAAGGAGAGCAACAAUGAUACAUUGUCUCCAACUAUGGUUUGUGGUAGCUCAACAGCAAGUGCAGCAGUAAAAGAAGAGACUGAGGACCUUGAGAAUCAAAUGGAGAUGGAUGAUACUGAUCAAUUCAGCGAAGGGUUUCCUUACAGACCUGCAAUUCAUGCAGACUCUAACCAAUCUGAAUGUUUCUUUGCUGAUUUGGAAGGGAUAGAGGCAGACCCAAUUGAUCUUUUAUUUAGCCAAGGAUUCACGGGAGAUGAACAGAAAGCAAGCAAGGCCUUGGAUCCAUUCUGUUUCUUCGAUUGGUCAUGGGACGCAAAUACCAACGCCAACACCAACAACAACAUUUCAUUUGGAGAAGCCAAGAGGCGUUUAUAACAAGACCUUGAAGAGUAAAAAUUAUCCCCAACACCAAUAAAAAAAAAAUUGCAGUUAUUGUGGUGCAUUUAAGGUCCUGAUCUAAACCCUUGUCAAGAUUUGAAUUCCAUGUAGUGGGGGGGAGUUUAUAGUUUCUACCUGCUAUAUUUCUUGGUAAAUUUACCAGAAGAGUGAGGAAAUUAGGAACCAAAAGAAAGAAUAGUAAAAAAAGAGAGAAAGAGAGAGUGUGCUGGUUGAUUGGGAGCAGACCUAAGGAGUCCCACAUUCCUUUUGGGAAAAUUGGUGGAUGGGACAGAAAGCUGAGGAACAGAAGGUUUCAACAGUUAAAACAAGUACAUCCAUCAGACAUGACUGGAAAGCUCAGAGAGAUUAGAGGAGAGAUUCAUACACAAUGAUGGGACUUGCCCUUGCAUCUUUUUCUCAUUUUCAAGUGGGAUAAAUUAUUCAUCAUGUGGGCUGAAUUCUUUCAUUGCUAUUGAUGGGAAAUAAAUUUGCAAGAAAGAGAAGAAGACAAAACAAGAAUACAAAUUAAUACAUUAAUUAAUUAAUAUGCUUAAUUUUUUUUUUAAAAAGAAAUUAAAAAAGCUUUGUCUUUUCUUAUCAAUCACCUUUCUCUAGGGAUGUGUGAAGAAAGAAAGAGAUCUGCAAGGCUUGGGUUCCUCAGCUUUCUGUUUCUUUUAUUAUCCACACCAAGCUGCAACUUGUGUCUUCAUUUUCAGUUAUUUACUUCAAGUGUUAGUUAUUAAAAAGGAUUGUUUUAGGCAACACAAAUUUUCUCUGCAGACUUCUGUUAUCAUCUGCCACUUUUUUUUUGUCUUAUUAUAUACAUAUAUUUUUUUUUAUUGCC